AAACACAGUGGCACAACAGGCUGGCACGCACGAGAUAAUGGAGACAAUAGUAAAUUUGCUCUGGUUUGAGUGGAUGGACACCAGAAGCAUUCUGAUAUUUCUGUGUGUGUUUGUGUUGUUGGCUGAUGUUUGGAAGAACAGAGUGCCUUCAGACUUUCCUCCUGGACCGUGGUCUCUUCCAUGGAUCGGUGAUCUCCUUCGCAUCCAAUCCAGGAGGAUCCACCUGCAGUUUACAGAGUUUGCAGAGAAAUAUGGAAACAUUUUCAGCCUGCGGCUCUUUGGUGGAAGAGUUGUGGUCAUUAACGGCUACAAGCUUGUGAGGGAGGCCCUUGUCGAAAAAGGAGAGGACUACGUAGAUCGCCCCGUCAUACCGCUUUUCGAGGCAACAUUUGGAAACAAAGGUCUGGUGUUUUCAAAUGGCAAUCCAUGGAAACAACAGAGGCGAUUCGCUCUUCAUACACUCAGAAACUUUGGUUUAGGCAAGAAGUCCCUGGAGCCAUCCAUCCAACAAGAGUGCCACUAUCUCACCGAGGCUUUUGCCCUUCAGCAAGGCCAGCCUUUUAAUGCCAAGUCAUUGAUAAACAAUGCUGUGUCCAACAUCAUAAACUGCCUGGUGUUUGGGGAACGCUAUGAGUACACUGAUAAGCAUUACCAGAGCCUUCUUCAACACGUCACUGACAUUGUGUACUUGCAGGGAAGUACGUGGGCACAGGUUUAUAACACACUGCCCUGGCUGAUGAAGUGGCUGCCUGGACCUCACCAGAAGAUUUUCACUAUGAUGAAUAAGAUAACGAACUUUAUAGAAAACAAGAUCAAAGAACACAGAGAAAGCUUAGACCCAUCCUCACCAAGGGACUACAUCGACUGCUUCCUUACAGAGAUGGGAGAGGAGGAGGACAAAGAGUCUGGUUUUGAUAUUGAGAACUUGUGUGCUUGCACUCUGGACCUGUUUGGUGCUGGAACUGAAACUACUUCCACAACUUUACUUUGGGGACUGCUUUACAUGAUGUACUACCCUCGUAUACAAGAGAAAGUCCAGGCUGAGAUAGAUACUGUUGUCGGUUCAUCCAGAUUGCCUUCUAUGAAUGACAGAGAAAACCUGCCUUAUACUAAUGCAGUCAUCCAUGAGAUCCAGAGAAUGGCCAACAUCAUUCCCCUAAAUGUGUUCCGAAUGACAAUCCAGGACACCACACUGGACAAGUACACAAUUCCAAAGGGCACCAUCAUCAUGGCCACCCUGAACUCAGUUCUACAUGAUGAGUCGAUGUGGGAAACUCCACACUCUUUCAACCCUCAACAUUUUCUGGAUCAAGACGGCCAAUUCAGGAAGAGAGAGGCCUUCCUUCCUUUUUCAGCAGGGAAACGUGUGUGUCUUGGAGAGCAGCUUGCCAGGAUGGAGUUGUUCCUCUUUUUUACCUCCCUUCUUCAGAGGUUUUCUGUCUCUGCAUGUGAUGGCGAGCAGCCCAAUCUGGAUUUUGUUUUAGGAUUCAGUCGCAGUCCCAAAGCUUACCGCCUCUGUGCUGUACCCAGAUAAACCAACAACUGUUCCAAAAGAACAUAAAAUGAUUUUUUUCGAUAUAUAUAUUUUUUAAUUUGGUGUGUUCAGCAUUUUUCACUUAAUUAACUCUGACACUUGACUCAUCAGACAGCAGCAAAAUCUAUUCUUCUACAUGUUUUUCAAGUUGAACUUGUUAAAUAAAGAUGGGUGAAUUCUUAGAAACAGGCAAAUUGCAAGGGGAGGCCUCUCUUUCCGUAACUUGAAUAUGCCAACUUGUAAUUUAGGUUGUUCCAUGUAAAUCAUUUUAAUCAGAGAUUUAAAAAUUAAAGUUAGAUAAUGAUUUUAAAAAUAGCUCUCAAAGACAGUUUCUAAAGUCUUAAUCUGCUAUCUCUUUUUGCCUCAAACACAAUCUGUAUAAUGCUUAUGUGUCUGUACUUUAGGCAUAAGCAACAAUAAAAAUUACCAAAGACA